AUGGAUCUGGUGCUGCUAGAGAAAGCCCUCCUGGGCCUCUUCGCAUCCGUCGUCGUCGCAAUCGCCGUCUCCAAGCUCCGGGGGAAGCGCCUCCGCCUCCCUCCUGGGCCGCUCCCCGUCCCUGUCUUCGGCAACUGGCUGCAGGUCGGCGACGACCUCAACCACCGCAACCUCUCCACCCUCGCCCGCCGCUUCGGCGACAUCCUCCUCCUCCGCAUGGGCCAGCGCAACCUCGUCGUCGUCUCCUCCCCGUCCCUCGCCCGCGAGGUCCUCCACACGCAGGGCGUCGAGUUCGGCUCCCGCACCCGCAACGUCGUCUUCGAUAUCUUCACCGGCAAAGGCCAGGACAUGGUCUUCACCGUCUACGGCGAGCACUGGCGCAAGAUGCGCCGCAUCAUGACCGUCCCUUUCUUCACCAACAAAGUCGUCCAGCAGUACCGCGCUGGGUGGGAGGACGAGGCGGCGAGGGUCAUCGCCGAUGUGAAGGCCGACCCCAAGGCGGCGACGGAAGGGAUCGUGCUCCGAAGGAGGCUGCAGCUGAUGAUGUAUAACAAUAUGUACCGGAUCAUGUUCGACCGGAGGUUCGAGAGCGAGGAGGAUCCUCUGUUCUUGCGGCUGAGGGCGCUCAAUGGGGAGAGGAGCAGAUUGGCGCAGAGUUUCGAGUACAAUUAUGGGGAUUUUAUCCCCAUCUUGAGGCCUUUCUUGAGGGGGUACCUCAAGAUCUGCAAGGAGGUUAAAGAGAGGAGGCUGCAGCUCUUCAAGGACUACUUCCUGGAGGAGAGGAAGAACCUGGCAAGCACCAAACCAACAGAUAAUGCUGGGCUCAAGUGUGCAAUUGAUCACAUCCUUGAUGCCGAGAAGAAGGGAGAGAUCAAUGAAGACAAUGUACUUUACAUCGUCGAGAAUAUUAAUGUAGCAGCGAUUGAGACGACACUGUGGUCAAUCGAGUGGGCCAUUGCAGAACUUGUGAACCAUCCAGAGAUCCAACAGAAGCUCCGCAAUGAACUUGACACUGUGCUUGGUCCUGGUGUCCAGAUUACCGAGCCCGACACCCACAAGCUCCCCUACCUUCAAGCUGUCAUCAAGGAGACACUCCGCCUUCGAAUGGCAAUCCCCCUAUUGGUCCCCCACAUGAAUCUCCAUGAUGCCAGGCUUGGUGGCUAUGAUAUCCCUGCUGAGAGCAAGAUCCUUGUGAAUGCCUGGUGGCUUGCAAACAAUCCUGACAACUGGAAGAAACCUGAGGAGUUCCGGCCUGAGAGAUUCUUGCAGGAGGAGGCCAAGGUGGAGGCCAGUGGCAAUGACUCCCGCUACUUGCCUUUUGGGGUUGGCCGAAGGAGCUGCCCAGGAAUUAUCCUUGCAUUGCCAAUUCUGGGGAUCACCAUUGGCCGCUUGGUCCAGAACUUUGAGCUGUUGCCACCUCCAGGACAGAAGAAACUUGAUACUGCUGAGAAAGGUGGGCAGUUUAGCCUGCACAUUUUGAAGCACUCAACCAUAGUCGCCAAGCCUAGAGUGUUCUGAUUGUUUAGGCUGUCCAAGUGCUCCGUGGCUUGCUAUCCUUUUCAUUAUCUUCUCUUUUGAUUCUCAAGGGAGGGAGGAUCUUGAAUAUGGUGGGAAAUUACUAGUGUAAGUUUAUGGGAUGUGGAAUGGCACAAGCUACAAUUUUCUAGUUUGUAUUCCUCUUUGAUCGGCUAAAUAAGGAAUUAAUGUUCAGUCUUGUUUUAUGUACAAGGAUAUGCUAGGUUUUCCU